UAACAGAAAUAUUUUAUAAGUUUGGAGUACAAUUAGGUGAUAGUUAUGGAGUAGAAAAUAAUAUCACAAACACUAGUGCUAUUGACACGGCAAUAAAUGAAGUGUUUGACGGUGCAUCAACAGCUGAUUCGAGUACACUCGAUAACUGGGGAUUUUUACAAACAUUUAUAUGGCAAGAGGAUAAAAACGUGAUAUAUUCUAUACCACACCGCCCGUACAUCAAUGCAAACACCCUAAAUAAAAUUGUAUCGCCAAAUUUAAAUGAUCAUAAUGUUGUAUCGAAGAAUUUGAACGCGCAAGCGCAAGCACCCGGACAACCAGUACAAGCUUGGAAUAUAACUAAUUUAUCAAACCUUCACUGCGGACCAAUAGGAAUUGAUACAACAAAAGGAGCAGCGAUUAUUCGUAAUAUGGAAAAUAAUGGUGGGAUAUAUGGGCUAGAUAAUCGUGUAUUCAGUUUAACACCGAUAGAUGGAGCAGAUGCAAUUAUAACUGGAAAGACUGUUCCAGGCUUUGAUGUCAGUGGAUUGGAUCUCUCAAAAAUUUACAUAAUCCAGCGGAUACAAGUUGCAAUAAAUGUAUUAUUUUAUGUACAAAAUUCUUGGCCAGGAACUAGUCUUAGAAUACAUGCAUCAACAUUAAGAUAUAUGCAUAGUACAAUUGUAUAUAACUCGGUGAACAUCGCAAUAGCUGGAAUUAUGCUAAUUUUAAUAUUUGGUGGCACAGUAUUCUUAACAUCACAAAUAUAUAAAAUUACUUGGGCUGGAACAAUAGGUCAGACUACUGGUUUAAUAUUAGGCAACAUAGACGAAUCACUAUUCGGAGCCUGCGUAGACAAUAUGCCCAAGGAUGAUGGAAACGGACAACUGUACUAUGUAUGCAGCACAGAAAAGUCAGGUGUGAAACAUUUAGAACUAUCAACUAAUUCUCAACUAGCAAUUCCUAAAUUGAAAGGAUUCUAUGCUGGUGUUUCUAAUUGUGCUUU